AUGGAGUUCACCACUCCCCCGCCCGCGACCCGGUCGGGCGGCGGAGAGGAGAGGGCGGCUGCUGAGCACAACCAGCACCACCAGCAGCAGCAUGCGACGGUGGAGAAGGAGCACAUGUUCGACAAGGUGGUGACGCCGAGCGACGUCGGGAAGCUGAACCGGCUGGUGAUCCCGAAGCAGCACGCGGAGAAGUACUUCCCGCUGGACGCGGCGGCGAACGAGAAGGGCCUCCUGCUCAGCUUCGAGGACCGCACGGGGAAGCCCUGGCGCUUCCGCUACUCCUACUGGAACAGUAGCCAGAGCUACGUGAUGACCAAGGGCUGGAGCCGCUUCGUCAAGGAGAAGCGCCUCGACGCCGGGGACACAGUCUCCUUCGGCCGCGGCAUCAGCGAGGCGGCGCGCGACAGGCUUUUCAUCGACUGGCGGUGCCGACCCGACCCGCCCGUCGUGCACCACCAGUACCACCACCGCCUCCCUCUCCCCUCCGCCGUCGUCCCCUACGCGCCGUGGGCGGCGCACGCGCACCACCACCACUACCCAGCAGAUGGGCACACGGAACCAGCCGCCACAACCUAG